AUGGCUGCCCUGGGCUGGGGCACCUCCCCACACUUCCGCUGUGCCAGCCUCUUGGUGGUGCCCAAAUUCCUGGGGAAAGAAGGACGGCUUUACAUCCUCACCUACGUCUUGGCCACAGUCUAUGAUGGCCCAGUGGCAAACAUCCGGCACAACCUGGGUGAAGUGGUACGUUCCAUCAGCUGUACUGUAGAGCUGCAGAUUGAAAACGCCAAGCGUGCCUGGAAGGUGUCGAUGGCCCCUCUGCGCAAAAUCCUCAAGGACAUGAUGAGGACUGGCAAGACCCUGAGAUCCGAAACCCAACAAGUCUCGCAGUCCUUCUCGGAGCUGAAUGAGCAGGUGGCCAGCCAGGAGGGCUUCGGUGUGCGCUCGGUGAGGGAGGCGGUGAAGGCGGCCAACCCUUCCACGCAGGAGAUUUACGAGGCAAAGACGCGCAUGCGCUGCACAUACAUAAUAGACCAAGCCAUCAAGCGCUGCCAGAACUGGUUCGCAAUGAAGCACCAGUCUUGCAUGCGCACCAUUGCCGUGCCGUUCAUCAACCACCUGCUUUGCAUCCCUAUGAAGUUCAGUUUCCUGUGCCACUUUGCCAAGAUCAUGCAUGCUUGGUGCCGUGAUAAGAUCCCUGUGGAAGGAAAUUUUGGCCAGACUUACGACCGGGUCAACGAUUCCGUCGACAGCUUAAACCAGGACUUCACUGCCAGCUUAGUGGUCACAGAAGAGCAUCAAGCUAUGCUGGUAGGUGCCAACCUCUCCCACAAACACCUGGUGGAUGAGGUCAACGAAGAGGUGGCCAAGAACGGCGAGCGCCUGGGCACCGCCAUGUCUGUGCUUCGUGUCCUCCUGUCCUGCAUGUUCAUCGUUGUUUUUGCCUCGGCUUACUCCUAUACCAACAGCUACAAUCAGGACAUCCGCUUUGACAACCUUUAUAUCUCUCGCUACUUCCGUCAGAUAGAUGCCCGGCGUCGGAAACAGAAGAAGCGUACGCUUUUGCCCUUGCGGCGGGCCGAGCAAGGCCGUGCCAUCGACCCCCUCCGACUCGCUUUCCAACCGGCUGAGACCAAGAACAUGAUGACAGAAUUACUGGGCUGCUUGCCAGCUCUGCUGUUCCUGCUGAUAGCCUGUGUCCUUGAUUUCCUCCUCUACACUAUAUUCAGUACCAUCAGACACCACUCCUUUGUGGAGUACUCCUUCCGCAGCAGCCACCACUUGGAAGUCAAGGUUGGCGGGAACACAAUGAUGGCGCGACUCCUGCGGAGCACCAUCGGAGCCUUGAAUACCUCCUCAGAGAUGGUGAUGGAGACAAACAACCUGCAGUGCUUGCCGGAAGCGCGUGUGAUGACCAAGGAACAGUACCUGAGGUGCGCCGCCCCCCUGGGCUCCCUGGUCCUGCUCUGCUUUGUGCAGGUCUACGUCUUCCGGCUCCGCCGCAUCAUUGCCGCCUUCUUUUUCCCCAAGCGGGAGAAGAACCGCAUCCUCUUCCUCUACAACGAGAUGCUUCGGCAGCGAGUGGCCUUUGUCGUUGUGCAGCGGAAGCGCAUCAUCCUCCGCGCCCGGCAGCACAAAAGACUGGAGAAGCCCUUCCUGGACAGAGUGGGCCGCUGGUUCCCAUUUCUUCAGCGUUUUCUCCGCAAACGCUGCAUCCUCUGCAACUUGCCCGAGUCCAGCAACUCUCGGUUAUGCCCGGACCCGGAUUGUGGAACCCUCUACUGCAGAGUCUGUUGGAAGGAUAUGGGGCGGAUCUGUUUUGCGUGCAGUCCUGACAAACUGCUUUCUGACGACGAGAGCAGCGAGGGCCUGGAAGGCUAUGCAGAUUGAAGCAAUGCAGAGGAGUGUGAUGAUGGCAUUCCCCCCUUCCCGUUAUUAAA